GCGGAUCGCGUUAAAUUAAAAUUGUUUAUCCACGGCGUGGAUGCGCGAUUCGCGGGGGUGCGCUCGGAGGAGGGAGAGGGGAUGCUAUGACCAGGACCAGGGGGGUAGUGCCGACAAACAUGAGUCUCGCCGUAACGAUGAUCGUCACCUGGCUGGCCACGGCGACGCCGCGUUCCUGCGUCGCGCUCGACGACGCGGCCGAUUACUACUCGCUCGCGGACAACGACGGCGACUUCGAGUACACGAACGUCACGAAUUGCACGAACGACUACUGCAUCCCGGACGAGGACUACAUCGGGCUGAUGGUGCAGCACAUAUUCCCCGAGUUCUCCGACUGGGUGCUGAUCGCCAUGCACAGCGUCGUCUUCGUCGUCGGCCUGAUCGGCAACGCGCUCGUCUGCAUGGCCGUCUAUCGCAAUCACUCGAUGCGCACCGUCACCAAUUACUUCAUCGUCAAUCUGGCGGUGGCCGAUCUCCUCGUCCUGCUGAUCUGCCUGCCGCCGUCGGUCCUCUGGGACGUCACGGAGACCUGGUUCCUCGGACUGAAGCUCUGCAAGGCCGUGCCGUAUCUCCAGACGGUGUCGGUGAGUAUAAGCGUGUUGACGCUGACUUUUAUAUCGAUCGACCGAUGGUACGCCAUAUGCUUCCCAUUGAGAUUCAAGUCCACGACAGCCCGAGCGAAAACCGCCAUCAUAAUCAUCUGGCUGGUUUCGCUGCUUUUUGACAUUCCAGAGUUACUGGUGUUGCAUACAGUGCCAUCGAAUAGUCGAGUGCAGACUAUAUUAUUCACGCAGUGCAUCUGGUCAUGGAGUCAAGAAAGUCAAACCACCUUCACGAUUGUCAAGUUGAUCUUUUUAUAUACAAUGCCGUUGCUUCUCAUGAGCGUGGCAUACUGGCAGAUUGUGCGCGUUCUUUGGAGAAGCGACAUUCCAGGACAUAAUUUGUCCACUAGGAUCUGUCAUUCAACUGAGAUUCCACUAUCUGGAGGUGGAAAUCCAGAGGGUCAAUUAAGAUCUCGACGAAAAGCGGCGAAGAUGUUAGUCGCGGUAGUUAUAACAUUUGCGAUAUGUUUCUUUCCGGUGCAUUUGCUCUCUAUCUUAAGAUGUACCAUGACUUUACCGUCGAAUCAAUGGACGAUCGCCAUUAGCCUAAUUGCCCAUUGGCUUUGCUACUUCAACAGCGCGGUGAAUCCUGUCAUCUAUAAUUUUAUGAGCGGAAAGUUUCGCAAGGAGUUCAAGCGUACCUUCCGAUGUUCCCACAACGGCGGAACUGACGUCCAGAAACGCAGAUACGUCGCGGGUAUCUCGGACCCAUUUAAACAGAGAUCUAGGAAUUACACGAGAUCGAUUCAUACCAUGUCCAACAACAAUAACGUUCAGCAAAGCACCGAGAUCAUACCUCUCAGCGCCAUCAUCAAUGCGCCGCAGAACGUGAAGCAAGAAUAAAUCUCGUUUCGUUACGCGCCCUAAUUGUCCUUUUCAAUCAGGACACUUCAAGAAAAGCUAGCGUUCCUUGAACGAGAAUUUUCCAGAGGCACGCGUAAAAUAAUUAACGACUAACGGAAAUAACAUUCUUGACGAAUUAAGCUUAGACGUAGAAGAGAAAGCGGGUAAGAGUUAUGUAACAAUGUCAACAAUUGGAAAUAAUCCUGAAAAAGUAAUCCUUUGUCAUUUUCAGGAGGAAGAGAGUUUUUUUUCUAAAAAUUGAAUAAAAACACUGUAAUUAAAAAACAUUUGGCGAGACGGAUUUUACGUACAGCGAUAGUAUUAUUAUUCUUCAAGUCAAUAGCUCGGUAUAUCCUUAGGCAUAAUCGAGUUCCUACUAUAUUGUUAUAUAGAUAAUAAGUGUAAUCUCGUUUCAACAAAUUUUCUUGAAAUUUUGUUGAAUUGAGAUGAACUGAGUCAUAUGGUAUUCAAUUAAUAUCUGAAUAGGUAAUUGUAAUGUAUACGAGUCCGCACGAUGUCGUUGGGCUGCUUUAAACAUUUUACUUUAUUAUACUGUAGAUAUAAUUGUAGAUAAUACAAUGUACAUCACAGAUCGAUAACUGAAAGUGGAGACCUAAAGAAACGCACGAUAAAAUUCAAUGGAAUAAACGCAAGAGUGUAAAUACAAAGCGUUGUACUCUACCUAUCCGGCGUUCAGUUGCGCUCUGCUUUCAUGUCCAUUGUAAUGUUUAUUUUUCUUAUAAUACAUUUGACAUGUCAAUCAAAAUAUAUCUACAAAGUUUAAUAAAGUGUAUAUAAUCCUAACGUUUAAA